GAGAUGACGUGUUUCUCUCCUCCUUUUUCCAACAGUGUUCCGGAUCAUAGAGAGAGAACCGCCAGCAAGACAGGCUCAGAGAGCGGCUUUACUUCCGGGUGUUACUGGAGGAGUUUGUCCCAGAGUUGUCAUCUUCAGCCAGCCGGACACAGAGUGUAGGAGGUCGGGCAGAGCGGUGUGUAGAACUGUCCAGAGGAGAGACGGGCUGUCAUUAGCAGAUAUGUCUGAGAACACAGAUGAUACAACACCUAAUGAUGCAACUUUACCAGGUUCUGAAGAGGUUGUUUCUGACCCCGAGGAGCUUGAAAUGGCCCAAGACUUUUCAAGAAGCACAGCUGCUGAAAUACCUGUAACAAGCAAUGGAGACAUGGAUGACACUUCAGAGCACAGCUUUAAUCUGGAACUAAAACGAUCAGUACCAGGGGGACUUGGCCUUUCUGAAACUCGAAUCACUCAUGGCUUUGAUGACGGUAAAGAAGGAAUCUUCGAAGCCACGCCUUAUCAGGGUUCCUUCUCCACACCCAGGUCUCCAGCAAUUUCCCCUAGCAGCACAGCAGCUAGCAGACUGGCUGGACAAGGAGAUGAUUUAAUUGCUCCGUCAGGUGAUCGACAAAGUGCACAACAGAGAAGUGGUCCUGUUGUCCUUUCAGAAGAACCAAGGAGCACGGCUGUUGAAAAAUUUGAGCUUGUAAGAAGAUGGAGUUUAAACACUUACAAGUGUACACGCCAGAUCAUCUCAGAGAGGCUAGGCCGUGGCUCAAGAACUGUAGAUCUGGAACUAGAAUCACAAAUUGAAAUCCUGAGAGACAAUAAAAAGAAGUAUGAACAUAUACUGAAACUGGCACAGACUCUCUCCUCACAGCUCUAUCAGAUGGUGCAGACCCAGAGGCAGCUGGGAGAUGCCUUUGCUGACCUUAGUUUAAAGUCUCUGGAGUUGCACGAGGAAUUUGGAUACAAUGCAGAUACUCAGAAGCUUCUUGCCAAGAAUGGAGAAACACUACUUGGGGCCAUGAAUUUUUUUAUUGCAAGUGUAAAUACACUAGUGAACAAGACAAUUGAGGACACAUUGAUUACUGUGAAGCAGUAUGAAACAGCCAGGAUUGAGUAUGAUGCAUACCGUACUGAUUUAGAGGAACUAAACCUGGGGCCACGUGAUGCCAUUACCUUGCCCAAAAUUGAGCAAUCGCAGCAACUUUUCCAAUCGCACAAGGAAAAGUACGACAAAAUGCGAAGUGAUGUCUCCAUCAAACUAAAGUUCCUUGAGGAGAACAAGGUAAAAGUUCUUCACAAUCAGCUUGUCCUGUUCCAUAAUGCAAUAGCUGCCUACUUUGCUGGAAACCAGAAACAGCUUGAACAAACUUUGAAACAAUUCCAUGUGAAGUUGAAAACCCCAGGAGCAGAUGCUCCAUCCUGGCUGGAAGAACAGUAAUCCAACCACAAACCCAAACGACCUCUGAUCAGGACCAGUACACUUAAUUGGAGAAGAGGGGCUGGGAUCAAAUGAUUAAUGCUAAUGAUUUGUACUCGGACCACUUUUAUUUUUUUCCUUUUUAAUACUCUAAAAUGAAUUUAUUAACAGUCAAACAAGACUUUACUAUAUAUAUAACGUUCAUAUCUGCUUCUUAAAGGACUCUCAUUUAUGUCUGUAUGGCAAAGGCAGUCUGUUUCUAUAGCAUGUAAAAUUUGUACUUUUGCACUGUCAAAAAAUAAAAGUUGGCAUAAUACUGGGCCAAUUGUGGCAAUUCCAAAUGGUGCUUUCCAUGAAUUGCACCUAUACCAUCAGAUUUUUUGUUAUAUUCCUAACUAUUAAACAUCUUCAAAAAAGUAACUAAAUGUUAAAAAUGUGUUCUAAAAAAAAAAAUGCUGUUUUGA